AUGGCACAGAAUAAUCGAAGUAAGAAGAUUUUCUUAACUACAGGUUUCAAUUAUGAACAUGAUCAAACAGAUGAAUCAAUUGAUGAAACAAAUUCCUCUGCUAUAAUUCGUACAAACGAAGAUAUCUUAAAAAAACAAAAAAAAUUAAAAGAAGAAGCGAAAGUUGCUCUCGUACUUGGUGCAAAAAUGGCUCGAAUGCAAGUUGAAAUCGAACGAGAAGUUUUAGAAAAGAAAAGAUCAUCAUUGUAUGAUAUUAUUGGACUUAAUGCAAAUAUUGAUAAAUCAUUAUCAAUUGAUUUACUUAAAGAAAUGAAUAUUGGUCAAUUACAAGCGAUUAUUAAUGAUCUUUACUGUCGAAUUGAAACGAAUAAUGAUGAAUUAGUUAAUCUUUUAAUUGAACGAGAUGCAUUCAGUAUGGAACAGGAUUCAAUUCUUGUUGAUAUUGAAGAUUUGACAAAACGAUUAGAAGAACAUGGAGUCCAUGUAUCAAAACAAUUACCAUCAAAUGAAAAACGAGAAUGUGUUUAUAUAGUAAAAGAUCUCGAACAAGAUGUUCCGAAGAAAUCUAUUUUUAAAUAUCUUUUCCGAAAGACAAUGUUUAUUUAA